CCUCAAUCAAAGAGAGUCAACGCAGAGGGAAGCCUGCAGUCACCUUGUUUCUUGGGCUCCUGACGCCGGGCACCAUGGCUCAGGGCCCGCCGCCCCCGUUUGAUCCCAGCCGACCCCCUUUGAUUGAGGGCUUUAAGCCGACCGCCUUCAGAUUCCGCGAGGAGAGUUUUAAAGACCGGUUCGUCCGCAAGACACGCGAGAACCCCCUCGUUCCCAUUGGCUGCCUUUGCACAGCAGGAGCCUUGACCUACGGGCUCAUCUGCUUUUCGAGAGGCAACUCCCGGCAGUCCCAGCGGAUGAUGCGGGCACGUGUUCUAUCUCAAGGCUUCACUGUUGCAGCCCUACUGGUGGGUGUGGUGGUUACAGCCCUGAAAUCGCGGAAGUGACCAUGCCACUGGUGUUCAGGAACCACUGACUAUCCUGCGUCCUGCAGGGUAGGAAUGGGUCUGUCUGCCCUGAGGUGGCACUCACUGCACCUUGCAAAAUAAUGUCUCAGUGAGACAUUGAAAGUGAUCAUCAGAUAGCUGCCAGAGUGUUUUAGGUUUUACGAUCCUCUUAAUAUAUUGAUUCACCCUUUUCAUGGGUGUAUACAAUUUUUUUUGUUCCCUAUUAAUGUACUACCCUUGUUGUAAAGUCAGCUUUGCUGACUAGACCAAUAUCUCAUAAUACCUGGCAUCAAUAAAGCUUAUUGUAAGUGA